AAGCCGAGCAGCCCGCAGAGCGUGCGGAAGAGAAAGUCCCGGGUGGGAGAGACGAAACCGUGGAGUGACCCCGGCUGGCUGCAGGUGCACCUCUGCUGGGCGUCGUGCCGGUUCCCGGAUCCUUGCCGCAUGAACCUCACGUGCGGAGGAUUUGUAAGAGCCAGCUCGCGCCAUAGAGGGAAAAGUCCAGGGAGCAGGGAUGAGAGGAGGACAAGGGCAGCAUGAGAUCCACCUGGGCUUAUGAAGACACGGAUUCCCCGUCCAAACCCGGUGACCAGAUGCACCAAAGGCUGGCCAGAAGCUGCUUUUGAACACGCCCUGCAAGUGCCCCCACGACCAGUGACUAGGAGUCAACCCUAGGAAUGUGCACAGGAUGGUGGACAAUAAGGAUUUAGAAGCUGAGAUCCACCCCUUGAAGAAUGAAGACAGAAAAUCACAGGAAAAUCUGGGAAACCGGUUGAAAAAUGAAGAUAACUUAAAAAGCAAGACUCCACAGUCCCGGCUAUCCCGAUGCCGAACGGUGGCAUUUUUCCUUUCAUUAUUCAUCUGCCUUUUCGUGGUAUUUGUGGUCUCGUUCAUCAUCCCAUGUCCAGACCGACCAGUGUCAGAGCGAAUGUGGAAGAUUGAUUACAAUGCAGCAGUCAUCUAUGACUUUUUGGCCAUGGAAGACAUCAACAAGGACAGGAUCCAGGAUGUUCUCUUUCUUUAUAAAAACAUCAACAGCAGUAACAAUUUCACCAGAUCCUGUUCUGAUGAAGGAUUUUCCACCCCCUGCACCUUUGCGGCUGCUGUGUCGGGAGCCAACGGCAGUGUGCUCUGGGAGAAGCCUGUGGCCCAAGACGUAGCCCUCAUGGAGUGCACUGUGUCGCAGCUGUCAGGAAGCAAGGUGUCUUCUGCCUGCAUCCUCAUGGGAAGACCUGGUUCUCGCAUUGCACUUGACCUAUUCACAGGAGAUACCCUGUGGAGCCACCCUGGCAGCUUUGGUGGGAAUACCUCCAUCCUGAGCCCUCUACUCCAGCUGCCUGAUGUUGAUGGUGAUGGCACCCCAGACCUGCUGCUUCUCACCCAGGAGGGAAAGGAGGUUAGUGGGGACAUCUAUUCAGGAAGCACUGGGCACCAGAUUGGUCACAGAGGCAGCCUUGGUGUGGAUGGAGAUGGAGACUGCAGCGCCCUCCUCCAUGUCACCUGGACGGGUGCACACUACAUCCUCCUGCCCUGUGCAAGUUCUCUCUGCGGCUCCUCUGUGAAGGGCCUUUAUGAGAAGGUGACCGGGAAAGAUGGCCCAUUUAAGAAAGACCCCUUCUGGGAGAACAUGCUAAAUUCCUCCAUCCACAGAAGACUUCUGCACAGCUCUGGAGCAGUCCGCUACCUGAUGAACGUUCCAGGGAAGGCUGGUCAGGACAUGCUCCUUGUGAGCUCAGAGGCCUGUAUGCUACUGGAUGGGCAAGAGCUGACACCCAGAUGGACCCUCAGCACAGCCCAGAUCCUGAGAAAACCCAUUCUUGGCCACUACAAACCAGACACCUUGGCCGUGCUUAUCGAAAAUGGAACCAACAUUGAUAGACAGAUCAUGCUUUUGGACCUCAGCACUGGGACAAUCCUGUGGAGCCAGGCCCUCCCAAGCCUCCCCGGGGGCCCACCAUCUACCAGCUUGCCAACUGCAGACCACCGCUCAGCCUUCUUCUUCUGGGGCCUCCACGAGCUGGUUGGCAGCAGCGAGAUGGAACCCAUAGAGGCACGGCACAGCCUGUACAUGUUUCACCCUACCCUGCCCAGUGUCCUGCUGGAGCUGGCCAACGUGUCUGCCAACAUUGUUGCCUUUGAUGCGGUCCUGUUUGAGCCCAGCCGCCAUGCUGCCUACGUGCUCCUGACAGGCCCAGCAAGCUCAGAUGAGCCUGGCCUAGUCUCUGUGACCAAGCACAAGGUGCGGGACCUUGUCCCAGGCAGCAGAGUGGUCCGCCUGGGUGAGGGCAGGUCAGACAGCGACCAGGCCAUCAGGGAUCGGUUCUCCCGGCUGCGGUACCGGAGCAAGGCCUAGGCAGCAUCAACUGAAGCACAUGGAAGUUAAGCAUCCUGGGGAGUCAGCCCUUCCCUUGGCCCCCACAGUGACCCCCUAGUCCUGACCCUCUUGAUAGACUCCCAUAGGAAGUUAAUGGCCUUACCAGCUGUAUCCAGGGAUAUGCAAGGGGGUGUACCUGUCCUCCUUCCCAGAACUCCAUGUCCUCCCUGAGCCCUCUGUGGUCUCACUGUAUGGCCUGUGGGGUCUUGUCAAGGUCAGGCUGCCUCCUUGUCUCCCUGGGCCAGCUUGGUCAGAGCUCAGCCCUAGGGGAAGGCACCCUUACCUGGUGCCUUCCUCACCAUCAGCCGCCACAAUGGAGAAGCCACUAUUGUGGCUAAUUCCUCUUCCUUCCUGAUUCUGCCCUUUAUCUACCAUGUCCUGGGAGUGAUGGAGCUCAGAGGGUGGUGGGCCCUGGGGGUGGCCUGAGGGCGGCAGCUUUGACCAAAGGCCAUGAAGUCCCCUAUUCCUUUCCAGAGCAGAGAGGAAGUAUCAUAAGGGGUUGAUUCUGACAAGGUGGAGGGGGUCUGUUCUGGAUCUCAGAUCCACAAGGUACAUGGUCAGUCUGUGCCUCUCAGCACACUAGGGCUGCUGUCCCUCAGGAAGCCCCUGUACCCUGGACAUGGCAGGCACCUCCUUCCUCCACUCCUCUACUUCCCGGUGCUCACCUGAUGCAGGACUCACCUCUGUGCCUUGUUGCUCCUGAGGCCAAGGGCAGCUGUGUGCUCUGUGCAGAGCAGCCCUGCCCAGACCAGAGCCCAAGCUUUGUAGCCAGAGCAGCCCUACAACUCCAGCCACCACAAAAAAACAACAGAAUAAACAAUUUGCACUGUCUGAAAAGCCCUGGUGGCCAUGUAUAAGCCUGCUGCCUGCCUGCCUCUGAGAGCAAAGUGGAUUGCUCCUGGAAUGGUGAACAGGAGCUGCUGGCCAGGAUUCUGACUCAGGGUGGGAAGAGCAGUGGAGGUGAGUGCUCCUGCCCAAUAGGAAUGGCCUGCAGUCCUCCCGCAGCCUCAGCAGGGUUUCCAAGAGAGGACAGGCACCAACCCCGAGAACAUGAAGCUCCAUCUGGGACAGAUGGAGUGUGGUCUCAGCACCCUUGUAUUCUCCAUGGAGGGGUCAGAGUUAGCCCUGGCCACCGCAGGGGCAGGAGGAAUCUGGGAGAGCUUUUUGGAGGUGAGCUUGGCCUGAGAAUGCAUUACUGUCCUUUGGAGAGCCUUGCAUGAAUUUGCUGUGGUGGUUAAGUAGCAGCCUUGCCUCACAGCUGCUCAGGCAAAGCCUUCUUGGUUUUGGGAAAGCUUGGGUGUGGACAAGGGAAGAGGCAGAGUGGGUGGGUGUCCUCAUGCCAGGAAGUGGGUCCCUUGUCCCUAAGAAAAAAGGUAAUCCAGUUCACACAUCCCUCAGCACAGAUGAGCCAUGGGGACAGGUUGCCUUUGUGAAAACCUUCAGGGGGCAAUGGGGAGUUGCCCCUGGGGCUGCAAGAGCCCAAAAGGAUGCUGCCCCAGGACCCAGAGUCAGCUGUGGACGGAGGUGCACCCCACAGGUCACCUGAAGACAAGGAGCCUGUGUUCGAGAGUUAAAGUGCCAGCAGAAUGUCCCUCCCUUACUCCCAGAGUGCGCGUGGACACUGGGGCUCUGUCCGUGGUGUUUCCCCCUGUCGUUCUGGGGCCACAGAGCGGCUAAGCACAACCGCCCCAGGGGACUUUGGGUCAGUGGUGGGAGCCCCUCCCCCCACGGCUCCCUUGACAGCUUCCUGGCUCUGUUGGUGUGCUCAUACACCUUGCUUACCUGGGUGCCAAAGCACAGACUAUGCUUCACUGUCUCUUCACUUGUUCCCCAAGUCUGCGUACGGAGGUCCAGCUGAAGCUGAGAAGGCCAGGUCCCUCCACAGGAGUGCUUUCCCACCUGAACCAUGCCAUCGGUCUUUGCUUCCUACCACAUUACAUAUACCAC